AUGAUUGCCGUAUCUCUAGUCUAUUUCACACCUGCCGGUUCCGAGGUGCUUACAAAACUGCUAAUUGAAGGUGAAUGCUCGACUUUUUAUCUUCCAAACCACCCGCUGGAGGAUUCUAUGAGCCUGAGCUCUGAGAUUGACGAGCACCACUCCAAUAUCUGCCUCGAGGUCCGCCAUAACUUCGUCCUGCUCCGCACUUUCAACUACACCGGUCCUUGCUCCGUGCUUGAGGGCGGUCGCAUUGACAUUCAGUUGCCUCUUGCCACCGACUCUCACCACAAGUCCAUCAUCUUGCGCUCGGACGUUAAUUUCUUGGGACCUUUUGGUCGCUGGGGUAUUCGCUAG